AUGCUACAUUUCAACUUUGCAGUGCUCCUCAUAGCCGCCAUUAGUUUCACGACCAGUUGCAUCGCCGCACGAAACGACCAGGAAGCUAGCUCAUCCAGCGGAAAACCUCUUCACUCAGAACCGCUCUACACUUUUCCUCAGAAACCUACUGUCGACACGUAUUUCAGUCAGCUCAGCCCUGACCGAAUCAGACAGUUGAGCCCUAAUGCUCCGGGUAAUAUCAACAUCAACGUGCCUGACAGUGUUCCCUUCUACGAAAGACUGCCCAUCUUUGAUCUCGAUACUCCUGUCUAUGUCGUCGAACAGGCCCUGAAAGAUUACCCGUCUGUCUUUCUCAUAGAUUCAGCCACCAACACGGUGCAGCAAGUUACUUAUGGGCAAGGGCGUAUCCAGAUGAAGCCGGUAGAGGCGAGGAAGGCUGAAACGGUACUGUUGUUCGACAGUCUGAACCCCAAUGUGCACAUUCUCCGUAAAGCAAAGCUCGGCAUUCAGAUCAAGACUCAAAUGCCCGGUCGAGUCGAGAUAGACUAUCUGCCGCAUGUCGGAUCCACUCCGAUUCUCACCCCGCGCUAUGACUCGCUCGGCCACAUGUUGGCCGCCUUGAACAGUGCCACCGGCGGAUUCUGGCAUAUACGGGAAGAUCGAAGGCCAGUGCUUGUGCGUCCACGUUUGCAAGCCCUAGCUAGAGUCGCCGACCACGCCGAAGAUAUUCAACUCAGUUCAAUCUUGACCAGAUACGGCGCCAUGACACAGCAGUACGGAAACGCUUUGGCUUCUGUCAAGUACGGCGCGCCAAUACUACUUGACGAGGAUAAUCGCGAGGCUAGAAAUGAACACACAUCACUGACGCGCUACCCUCGUUUUGGUCCAAAGGCAACUCGCGAUCAGAUGGUCAAGGCUCUACAGGAGCGUGGACGUCUUCGCUUUUACGACCAGCAUUAUCCAAACAGCCGUCCCAUUAAAUUGAAGGUCCGUAAUCCUAAUAUCAUACCGGGCAUUGCCAUGGACAUCGAAAUCGAAAAGCUAUCCGACCGAGAAAUAGCCGAGGAAGUUUUGAUGAAGAGUUUGGGAAAGUUACACUUGCCAGUAUGA